UUUGGUCGCGAACAGUCGCAGGUUGAGUUCCGUUCUUCGCCAACGUGUGUUCUUAUCACAGCUUCCACCCCCACCACCGGUCCGGGAGGUGAAAAAGAAAAGGAAGACGAAGUGAGAGGGACAGUUGGUGACCCCCGACGGGAAGGAAAUCUUUUUGCAGAUAGAUGUUUGUGGUGCCCUUUUGAGGUCCUGCGAGAGCAUGGGAUUGUGGUAAACGUCGCUAGAGGAGCACGUUAGAGUAAAUAUAUUUGUUGGAAUGAUUGGAUGCAUUACUGUUCGAUUAUAAUUGAUGAGUGAGUUCUGGCGGUGGUGGUGAAUGAAGAGGUGAUAAUUUAUUGAUGAAAUAGCUCUGGCGUGUUGAAGGAGAGAAGAAUUGUGAUUUAUGUUGUUGGUUAUUGGAAAGCCAGUCGGUGAGAAUUUUUUUCGGAGUGUGAUUAAUAAUAAAUAAGAUUGUGCCAGCAGCAUCAGCCGGGCGGAAGAAAACAAGCGCGUGCUCUUUUCCUUGGGCUUUCGGAGAACGGAAAACCGUGCAAAGUUACGUGAAGAGGAAAUCGAUAAAAUUUUCAGCGCUGGGAAAAUUAAGCAAGAGAUGAAAAACCUCCCUCACUGGUAGAAGGCAGAAGGCAGUGUGAAUGAGAGUACUUCCUGGAGUGUUGUUGUAUGUUGUAUGGUGCAGAGAUUAAUUUUCGGCAGAUAUUCAAGUGCGGAAAGGAAGCAAAAGAGCCAACUUGUUCAAAGUGUGGGAUGAUUUGCAUAUAAAUUGGAUCCGAGGAUAAAGUGAAGCCGGAAAAAGUUGUUAAAUGGUUUAGUGACCGAAAAAAAUAGUUGAAUGUGUGAAUUGAUUAAAGUUUGCGCGAGAGCCUGUUGUUCAAAAGGAUUUUAGCAUGGAGGAGGAACUGCGUUGCCCUGUUUGCAAGCAACUGUUCUCCGGCCCGGUGCUGUUGCCGUGCUACCAUGCGCUCUGCCUAGCGUGUGCCGUGGACAUCCAGACGACGGCGAGUCAGGUCCAUCACGCUCCGGCGAUUCAUUUGCAUCAACAACACUCUCAAUCAUCGGCGUCCUCGGUCAGUACGGGCAGCUCGAGUGCUCCCGAGAGCGUUUCAUCCGAUCAAGACCAGGCCGACAAGGUCAGCAUCCUGAGCGAGGCCGACUCCGGGGUUAUCUGCUGUACUUCACGCCCCGGAUCGUACGCCGGAACACCGAAUCUACAAGGACUGUUGUUUCCACCCUCCGGAUCCGGAUCCGUCUUUUCACUCGCCUGUCCCGUUUGUCGUAAAAUCGUGUUCUUCGACGAGCUUGGCGCCAGAAAUCUCCCACUGUAUCGCGCCAUGGAGUCCAUCGUCGAUCGGUUCUGCGAGAGGGAAGCCCUCCGUUGCCAGAUGUGCGAAACGGAACCACCGAAGGUAGCUUCGGUCAUCUGUGAGCAGUGUGAAAUUCGCUACUGCGACGGCUGCCGCGAGUUGUGCCAUCCGGCACGUGGACCGCUGGCUAAGCACACCCUUACCAAGCCACGUGGCGCAUCUCAACUUCGAGAGUCCAUUUGCGGUGAGCACAACGAGCCCCUCACCAUGUACUGCAUGGGCUGCAAGCUCCCGAUUUGCAACCAGUGUACCGCGGACAACCGCCACCAGUCCCAUGACCUGCAGUCGAUCAUGGCGAUGUGCAAAUCUCAAAAGACUGAACUAUCACAUAACCUGCAGCAGCUUUCGGAGAAGGCGCGAUCAACGACAGAAUUUAUCCAAAGACUGAAAGGAAUGAGCGAUAAAGUGACGGAAUCCUGCAUCGAGUUUGAGCGGCUAGUGACGGCGCAGUGUGAAGCGUUGAUAGAGGCGAUACACGCCCGGAGGGAAGUCCUACUGGAGGCCAUCCGACAGGACAAAGAUACCAAAAUUAGGACGUUAAAGGAUCAACAAGCGAGUUGUACAGGGAAGCUCCAGCAAACCACAGGAUUAAUACAGUUCUGCAUCGAAGCGUUAAAAGAGACUGAUAGUGCGGCGUUUUUACAGGUCGGCUCGAUGCUGAUUAACAGGGUAGCAAACACCGACAUGACGUGGCACCAGGAGGUUACGAACGCCGCCCCCCGGGUAUCGCCGAUCAUCGAUCUUACGCUGGACGACUCUUCGGUGGUGCGGGCGAUCGACAAUCUCAACUUUAUCCAAAUGAAACCCGCUAAGGAAGGAGAAGAACGACUGCCAGCAGUUCCCCUGGCACCGAUCAUAAUUCCCGAGGAUUGUUCCGCCGAAAACAACUCGGUAACUGUUGCAUGGCAGCCGCCGAGUCACUCCUUUGUGCAGGGUUACGUCCUGGAGCUGGACGACGGCAGUGGUGGCGAAUUUAGGGAAGUGUACUGCGGAAAGGAGACAAUCUGCACCGUCGACGGGCUGCACUUCAACUCGAUGUACAACGCGCGCGUGAAGGCCUUCAACAGCACCGGCGAGGGCGAAUACUCGGAGCUCGUUGGCCUGCAGACGGCGGAAGUGGCCUGGUUCACCUUUGACUCGGUGCUGAGCGGCGGCGCCGGCUCCGGAAUGAGCUUCUCCAACGACAACCGGACCGUCUCGGCGGACGGUUGGGAGCACCGGGUGGCCCUCGGGUCAGUUGGCUUCUCGCGGGGUGUCCACUACUGGGAGUUUACCAUCGACAAGUACACCGCGGACACGGACCCGGCCUUCGGAAUCGCCCGGAUUGAUGUGGCCCGCGAUAUGAUGCUGGGUAAGGACGAUAAGGGCUUUGCGAUGUACAUCGACCGGCAGCGGUCCUGGUUCCAGCACAACUCAAUCCACGAGCGACGCGUCGAGGGUGGAAUCUCCACUGGCAGCACCAUCGGCGUGCUGCUCGACCUGGAGCGCCACACGUUGCACUUUAUCGUCAACGAGAUGCCCCAGGGUUCGGUGGCGUUCCGUGACCUGUACGGCGUCUUCUAUCCGGCCGUUAGCGUCAACCGGGGCGUCACGCUGACACUUCACACCGGGCUGGAUGCGCCCCACAUGGACUACCAUUAGGGGGAGGGGCAGGGGGUGGUGCAGGAGAGGACACAGAUUCCAGCAUAACAGUAUGAGGGGGCGUGCCGAGCAUGCGAAUCAUUCGAGCCUUCUUUAAUUUAAAUUUUAUUCAAAUUAUCGUGCACAACUCCAAAGCGCGCCUGGCAAGUACCGAGUACUGAGUCUGAGUGUGUGUGCACGUCUGAUGACAACACGAGGAGGGAGUUUUUGAUGCUGAGCAGUUCUCUAGGAAACACAAAAAGUACAACUUUUUUCAACCAAAAUUGAAAUAUCUUGCCAUAGAGUCCAGAAAUAGAAUAUUUUGAUUAAAAAUUAUUCAAAAUAUGUUAUAAACUUCUUUGAAUUAUCUAUCGUUAUAACAGACGAUACCUCAUUUUUUAAAUCUCUCUAAAAUUCACUUAAUCCAAUGUUAAAUUUUCACUAAGAAUACAUUCGAAAAGAUUUUUUUGCAAUUCCACUGUGAAACUGUCAACUUUUCCUGCCCUUCUGGAGAAACGAAACGGCCUACUUUUCCCUACCAAAAAUAAC